AAAAGCUAUGGGGAGAAAAAACAGGAAGCGUUCAUAAACUUCAUAUGUUGCAUUGCAAUUAUCAAUACAUUUUAAGCGUUUGGAUUUCAAUUUUGGCGUCUAGCUUCUAUGUAGUUAAUUCACAGCAACCCAGGAAUUGUAGCGAUACACCCACGUUUUAACCCACCUGCCGAACACGACGCAUGUAAUCUACGAUCUCAACAAGGAAAUGCCGAAGGUUGCACGCCUCAUUGGAAGCAUUAUUUUGUGUUUUCUACAAAACAUGAUCGGAAUUAGACAUCUACGGCGGAAGCUCAUGGCUGUUUAGGACUGCCCUGGCCGUCACGGGUCUGCUUUAGGUGAUGCUUUUGUGCAUUGGCUGCUGAAUUUGAAUGACUGAAGAGAAAUGGAUGAUGUGAUCAGUCUCAGCUCAGACGACUCCGACGUGGAGAUCGUCGGGUCCUACUGUACAUUCACUGCCAAGCCUGACCCGAUGCCUCUCUCCGCUGUGCGGGUUGAAGUCGAUGCCGUGAAGCUCGCCCUCCCACCGAAUUAUAUUGACCUCACAGAUCCAAGAUGGACUCUUCCAGAGCUACGGAGAAGGCAAAAUGGCACUGGCACAGCAUUAGUAGACUUGACUGAAAAUGAAACAGAGCAGGAGACAGAGAAUUUACCACCAGAUGACUGUCAAUCAAAAAACACAAACACAAAUACAAAUUUAAAUCACAUCUCACAAAGUCAAGAUUUUAAUAACCAAAAAACGCCUUUGACGGACUCCGUUGUUUGUGCUCCACAGCAGGACUGUGGUGACCCAAAACCAAAGCAGAGACGUCUAAAUCCUCAAAUACCUGAAACACAAGAUCCAAAAAAAGACAAUAAAGCAGCCCCCUGUCCUAACACACCAGCUGUAAAGUUGAAACGAUUGCCUUUUCUAGAAACACAUGUUGCAGAACUGAAAACCUCAAAGUGUUCUGUCUAUGUGACCAAAGAUUGUACUCAAAUGUCUCUGAACAGUCAUGGUGAAGCACCUUGUUGCAAUAGUAAUUUAAGUACAACUACGACUCCAAACGUUUCUAACGUUGGGCCUUUGUUUGAUGUGUCUCCUCCUAAGGAUGGACAAGAAAACAACAGUGAGGAAUGUACAAACACACAGGUACAAGAUGAUGAACCACAGCACCUACAUAGCCCUGCAGAUUCUCCUCGCUCAGUGGGAGAAAACUCUGUUGCAAGUUCAAAAGAGCAUAGCAUACACGAUGGUCCGAGCGAUGGAGUUAGUUCAGCUCUACCUAUUACAUCCAUAGAUUUGGCAUCUUCAUCACAGGACAUACACGAUGGUCCGAGCGAUGGAGUUAGUUCAGCUCUACCUAUUACAUCCAUAGAUUUGGCAUCGUCAUCACAGGACGAAGCUCAAAUGGAAUCCCCCUGUUCUGACCUGAAUCAGCCAAAAUUAGACGAACCAGAAAAAUCUAGACAACCCUGCAGCUCUGGUAACUCAUCCCCCUUCUCUCCUACUACUGCAUCAAACUCUUCUGAGCCUUUUGAGCCUGACCCUCCCUCCAAUACAAGUCCUAUAUCUCAUAGUCGAAAGAGCCCUGCUGAGUCAUCUCCUAGAUCUGAAUCAGCUGAAGAUACGCCUGAAUGGCAGUUGGAGACUGAGACGUACAAGGGAGAUCUUGGACUUUACAGUCCAGGGUCUUUCCCAUGGGAAGAUGAAAGUGAUGGAGAAGACAUGAAUGAAGAGACCAUGGACUGCAGGGCGGUCAGUAGAGAGGAUAGACAUUUUGUGUGCCCAUCUACACUCAGGAAAUUACUAGCUGGAACAUCUCAAAAAGCAAUGUUUGAAGAGGAUGAUGAAGAUUUUGUAACUCCCGAGGUGCUAUGUCGCCAGAGUCUGAGUCUGGUUUACAGUACGAUUGAUGAGAACUAUCCAGAAGGUACUUUGCAGCUUUUGUCUGACCUACUACAGCCUGGUUACUAUCCCCCCAGAGAUAUCACCUCACACCUACUCCACGGCAUUCUGCUCGACCUACAGUCUCCUCAUCACCUCUGCGUGCAGGCUUUUAAGCUCCUGAUGAGGUCACAAAGGCACCACAUGGUUGAUAAAAACACAGUUCCGUGGGAUUGGGAGUUACUGACCUCAGUCAUGACCGAUGAGGAGCACACACAAAGGCAUCGGUGUGAUGUGGUGCGCAUGUUCCUGGAGUACAUUGUGCAGACUUUGGAGGACGACUUUCGGGCCAAAUGCUCUACAUCCUCCUUGCACCAUUCGAUAGCAAAGGCAACAUUGUCGUGUGAUCAGCAGUUUCCCCGGGUUAGGGAGGUCAUCAAAUGGCUGUUUUCUGCCAUUAUGAAAUCAACAGAGCAUGGAAAGGGUAGAGAAACGACCCAAGAAAGAGAAUAUAUGAGAAUGGUGUCUUGCUUGCAAAGGAUGCUUUCUCUGGCUCUGGAGGUGGAUUGUUCUCCUGCUCUAACCUCUGCCAAGCUGUCCCAAGAGCUCUUCCAUAUGCUCAUCAGUAACGUGCCCCUACGAGCUCACAGGAUGUUGUUGUUGGAGAGCCUACAGAGUAAGCUGCUGAGAUGUAAGCUGUUGGAACAUCUGCUGGACUAUGCAUGCCCAGUGAAAAUCUCACUGCCCAUGUCGCUCAGUCUGCUGCUUCACUUUCUAAAACACUGCACUGUAGCACCAGACCCUAUGGAUGGCACUGAAAAGUGGCUCAAGUGGGAGGAGUUGGUGCAUCUCCUCUGGAUGUUGCUGCUCAGCUAUAACAAAGCAAUGAAAGGCUAUCUCUGCAACUCAUUAACAGAGCCCAGAGGCAGAGUUGGUAUGUCAGUCUAUAAGCCUGAUGACAGGGUAUCACGACCUGCCGUUCAGGAAGCCGUUGAAGCCUUUCUGUCCAGAUCUCAGGCUGACCUCGACCAAGCUUUACCUCUCCAUGUGGAAGAGUCCUUAACUUAUCUACAGGAUCAUCUCCUAGAUGUCUGUCAGUGUUAAAUAAAAGAGUCUGUGUUUCACGUUUCA